GUGUGCUUCAGAGUUUGCUAGUCUCAUAUCAGCAUGAAGCCCAGUUCUGGGCCUCGCUUUGGCCGGCAGCAUUUUCCAGUUGUUUAUGUGACCCGUUUUGGUAAACACUGCUGUGGCACAAAGAUUCACUCUGGUGGCAAAAGCCCCCCUAAGAAAGUGGCCCUGGCAGAGCCCCAUUCCCGCCUUACAAGCAAAGCUUCUUCCGUUACUCUGGACAAAAGAGGCUCAGGGGGUGUCGCCCCUUGGGGCCAAAGGAGGCGCCAUGGUUUUGCAGCUGGGGCCGCUCUGACGAUGCAAGUCCAAGGAAGCCGGACCAGCCGUCGACAGCCACCGAGCGAAGGCCAGAGCAUCAGUGUGGCCAAGCCCCCGAGCCAAGAAGCUUCUGAGCUGCCCCCUUCAAGGAAGAAAGGCUGGGGAAGCAAACGGGGGGCAGCGCACUCCACAAUCUCUGGUACUCAGAAAUGCCUGGGUAUCAGCACAACCCAGAAUUUAUCUGACAUAGCACACUUUCCCAAACUGCUGCUCUCCAGAUGUAGCCAGGAAGAGAACAGAGGAGAUGAGUUUGAAUUCUCUGCUUCCAAGGAAAAUGUUAAUCAAAUGACCAGGGAGCAAAAGAAAAAGUCUGCAGUGUGGUCUGAAGUAUCUGAAGUAAUUUCUAAAAUGGUAGAAGAAAAUGGAUACUUUAGGAACAGAUUGAUGUCUUAUUGUCAUUUUUCAAGUGAAGGUAGAGAGAUAAAUCAGAAUUUGCAAAGUGAGAUUUCUUGUAUUGAGACAGAUGAGGCAAUUUUUGGAUGGGUAUAG